CUGGCCGACGCCGGAAUCGAGACCCCCAUCGACGAGGUCGAGGCACUGGUGCAGGGCGUCGCCGCGGCAGCGGUGCUGGAUCGGCACUGGCUGCGCUUGAUCCACCCCGACGCCGAGACCAACGGCGCGCUGGCCGAGCGGCUCGAGGCGCUCAGGCAGGCGCACGCCGAGGCGCCGGAUGGGAUCGACGCCCCGCAGAUAGCGGACCGCCUCGCGGCGCUCCGGGCUGAGCUCGCGCGGCGGGGGCUCGACGGCUUCGUGGUGCCGCUCAGCGACGAGCACCAGGGCGAGUACGUGGCGCGGCGCGCGCAGCGCCUGGCCUGGCUCACCGGCUUCACGGGCUCGGCCGGCAUGGCGAUCGUGCUGGCCGAGCGGGCGGCGCUCUUCGUCGACGGGCGCUAUACCCUGCAGGCGGCGGCGCAGGUGGACGGCGCCCUUUACGAGCAUCGCCACAUCACCGACGAGCCCGCCGACGCGUGGCUGCGGAGCCACCUUUCGGCGGAUGCCGCGCUCGGCUACGACCCCAGGCUGCACAGCGCGCACGGCCGCGACCGGCUGGCGGCGCCGUGCCAGGCCGUUGGCGCGCGCCUCGUCGCGUGCGAGGACAAUCCCAUCGACGCGGUGUGGGACGACCAGCCGCCGCCGCCGCUUGGCCCCAUCGGCCCCCACCCGGUGCGCUUCGCAGGCGUCGAAACUGGCGAGAAGCGGCAAACAAUCGCCGCCCGGCUCGCAGAGAAGGGUGCCGCCGCCGCGGUGCUGAGCGCGCCCGAUUCGAUCGCCUGGCUGCUCAACGUGCGGGGCGCCGACGUCGCCAACAGCCCCCUCCCCCAUUCCUUCGCCAUCGUUCAUGGCGAGGGCGAUGUCGACUGGUUCGUGGAUCGCCGCAAGCUCCUGCCCGAAGUCCCGGCUCAUCUUGGCAAUGCCGUCAAGGUGCAGGCGCCAGACUCGAUGGCAGACGUGCUCGAUGGGCUUGCGGAGGCAGGCACGGCAGUGCUGAUCGACGAGGCGGCGACGCCGGUCUGGAUGGUGGAUCGCCUGACGGAGGGCGGCGCCCAGGUAAUUCGCGGCACCGAUCCCUGUGCGCUGCCCAAGGCGUGCAAGAACGAGGUCGAGCUUGCCGGCAUCCGUGCCGCCCAUCGCCGGGACGGUGCGGCGCUGACCCGCUUCCUGGCCUGGCUCGCGGCUGCCCCGCCCGGCUCCGUCACCGAGCUGGAUGCCGUCGGCCCCUUCGACACCAUUUCGGGCGCCGGCCCCAACGGUGCCAUCGUCCACUACCGGGUGACGGCGGAGACGAACCGCGCGCUGGAGCCGGGCACGCUCUACCUCGUCGACUCCGGCGGGCAGUACUUGGACGGCACCACCGACGUGACCCGCACGGUCGCGAUCGGCGCGCCCGAGCCGGAGCAUCGGGACCGCUUCACCCGCUUGGACACGCUUGCCCGUCAGUUCCUGUGGCAGGCGGGCCUCGACUACGAUCACGGCACCGGGCACGGCGUGGGCCAUUACCUGAACGUGCACGAAGGCCCGCAGCGCAUCUCGCGCCUGGGCUCGGGCGCGGCGCUCGCGCCCGGCAUGGUCGUCUCCAACGAGCCCGGCUACUACAAGACCGGCGCCUACGGCAUCCGCAUCGAGAAUCUGGUGGCGGUGACCGAAGCCGAUGGGGCCGAUAGCGGCUUCCUCGGCUUCGAGACGCUCACGCUCGCCCCCAUCGACAGGGCGCUCAUCGAGCCCGCAUGCUGA